AUGAGUAUUCACCAUUCUAAUGGCACAUCACCCUCCAUCACCAAAGCCCCUACCAUCAAGUUCACCAAACUUUUCAUCAAUGGAGAUUUCGUCGAAUCAGUUUCAGGGAAGAGUUUUGAGACAAUAGAUCCAAGAACAGGAGAUGUAAUAGCAAGAAUCAGUGAAGGAACCAAAGAAGACAUUGAUGUUGCUGUAAAGGCAGCUCGUCACGCAUUUGACUCAGGUCCAUGGCCUCGCCUGCCCGGCACUGAAAGAGCAAAAAUAAUGAUGAAAUUUGCGAACCUAAUCGACGAAAACAUAGACGAGCUAGCAGCACUUGAUGCCAUUGAUGCAGGAAAGUUGUACCAUAUGUGUAAGGCCUUAGACAUCCCCUCUGCAGCAAAUACGCUACGUUACAGUGCCGGUGCGGCGGAUAAAAUUCAUGGUAAUGUACUAAAACCUGCUGGACAGUUCCAUGCUUAUACAUUGAUGGAACCAAUUGGUGUUGUUGGACACAUUAUUCCUUGGAACUUUCCUACUUCAAUGUUCUUCGUCAAGGUUAGCCCUUGUUUAGCUGCUGGAUGCACCAUGGUUCUCAAACCUGCUGAGCAAACGCCUCUCUCGGCUUUGUUUUAUGCUCAUCUAGCUAAAUUGGCUGGAAUCCCGGACGGAGUGUUGAAUGUUGUACCGGGAUUUGGAGAAAUUGCUGGUGCUGCAAUUAGCUCACAUAUGGACAUUGAUGCGGUAAGCUUUACUGGUUCAACACAAACCGGGCGUAAGAUAAUGGAAGCUGCGGCAAAGAGUAACUUGAAACAAGUUUCACUUGAAUUAGGAGGCAAGUCGCCACUCAUAAUUUUCGAUGAUGCCGAUAUUGAAAAAGCUACUGAACUUGCUCUUAUAGGCAUCUUAUUCAACAAGGGAGAAGUGUGUGUUGCAAGUUCACGAGUGUUUGUUCAAGAAGGAAUCUACGAAGAAUUCGAGAAAAAAUUGGUCGAAAAAGCAAAAGCUUGGGUCGUUGGCGACAAUUUUGAUCCUAAAGUUCAACAAGGACCUCAAGUUGACAAGAAACAAUUUGAAAAAAUUCUUUCAUAUAUAGAACAUGGAAAAAGAGAAGGAGCUACUCUUUUGACUGGUGGUAAAACAGUUGGAAACAAAGGAUACUUCAUUGAGCCAACAAUUUUCUCCAACAUAAAGGAUGAUAUGCUUAUAGCACAAGAUGAGAUAUUUGGUCCUGUGUUGGCACUGAAAAAAUUUAAGACUAUUGAGGAAGCAAUUAAGAGUGCUAAUAAUACAAGAUAUGGAUUAGCAGCAGGCAUUGUGACAAAGAGUUUGGAUAUAGCAAACACUGUGUCAAGAUCGAUUCGUGCAGGAACUAUUUGGAUAAACUGUUAUUUUGCUUUUGGAGAUGAUAUUCCUUUUGGAGGAUAUAAAAUGAGUGGAUUUGGAAGAGAAUAUGGAUUGGAAGCACUUCAUAAGUAUCUACAAGUUAAAUCUGUUGUUACUCCCAUUUACAAUUCUCCAUGGCUAUGA